AUGGAGUACACGGGGAGCGAAUAUAUUGGGGAAUUGGUAGAUGGGAGGAUGGAGGGCCAUGCCGAAUACAUCCUCCCUACUGAAACAAGAUAUGUCGGGGAAAUGAAGGACGGCAUGUUUCAUGGCCAAGGAACCCUGUACUUCCCCAGCGGGAGCCGAUACGAUGCCAUUUGGGAAAAGGGUUUGGCUAUUAAGAGGGCCACCUCCAUCCUUGACGCCUGUCCUUCUUGGUGAAAGCAGGGCUUCCUCAGCGCCGGCGUGCUGCCUGUCUUCCAGGGCACGUACACCUUCUCGGACGGGCUUCAGUACGAUGCGAAGAACUGGCAUUACUGCGACAGCUACGAUCGGAGGUUUUACACGGAGAUCUGCCACGGCCUGAAGCCUACAGGUAUCUCUCAACUCACCAAUAUGGACCCACCUAGAAAAAUCCCUGCAGGCUGUUACGACUGUGGAGACGGCUUCUAUGACCCGACCACGCGGGUGGUGAAGGACUACAAGGAUCGCUUUCUGAGAAACGCAGAUGACGACGAGCACGAGUGGAUCACCCGGACGUGUCGGAAGAGCACAGAGGAGACCAUGGGUCAGGAGCCCAAGCUGUGA